GACGCCUCAUCUGUCCCGGGCCUAAAGGCACGGUCGCCCACGUAUUUUAUUGCCCUUGAUGUUUCUUCUGCCUAGGAUUUUAGAAAACUGUCAAGGAUAAAGGCUGGCCUCCUGCCAAGUGCUGGUUUUAUCGGACUGUUAGUUUGUCAGAUGGGGUGGGAAAUUCAGGCUCAGGGUUUCCUUCACUCCAGUCAUCGGUUGACAUCUUUCCCUGGUUUCGCUGGGCCCUGUCCAGGUGGCUGCCGUGCAGUACUCCUGCUUGGGCCUUUGACCCGGUGCUCACGGCUGUGAAAGGGGGAGAAGAAAAAAAAAAACAACACAAAAAACCUGUCUAGAGAUGGAUUCUUUGUUUGGUGGCUUUUUAAAAGUCUUUUUUUUUUUUUUUUUUAAUGGAGUAGACUAUUUUACCAAAAGUAUUUGAACUUGCAAGUAACAUUUUAAAGCAGAAUGAAACCGCAUUAAAUAGUAUGAAAAGGGAAAUAGAAAGGUUUUUAGGUUAAAGAAAUCCACUUUGAGCAUAAAUUAGAAAAUGAAGAGAAACCAAACAAACCCCAAAAUAUUGAUGAAUGUGGAACUCCGCCUGAGUUGACCGCAGUUGGUAACCUGGCAUUUUGACAGAGAGACUGAGCACGAACGAGGGAGGGGCAGGGAGCGAGGGAGACACAGAAUCCAAAGCAGGCUCCAGGCUCUGAGCCGUCAGCACUGAGCCCAACGCGGGGCUCGAAGUCACAGACCUUGAGAUCGUGACCUGAGCCGAAGUUGGACGCUCAACCGACUGAGCCCCCCCAGGCGCCCCGAUAUAUUCCUUCUUGGAUACUUGGAUAGCGUCCUGUGUCUCGGUCUUAAAAACAAAGUUAUUUUAAAAGCACGUCUAUCCUCUAUGUACAGAGGGCCAACAAGACCUUUGUUCAAUUGUUUCUUCAGGAUAGAUUCCCAGAGAUGGAAUUUUUGAAUUAUACUGUGUAAAAACUGGCAGCCUUUCAGUACGUUUUAUCUAAAAUGCCCUGUUGACAAUUUGAACCAAUCUAGAUUACCUUACCAAGUGUUUGAGAACAUCUUGAGCUCUUUGUUCCAAAACGAAUUCUUCACCUCAGGCUUUAGAAUUUAGGAGUCUGCAACAUUGUACGGGGAAAUAUUGACGUCUUUAUUUUUAUUAGCCUCCAGCCGAACUUUUCUUCAGUGGUGAACGUACCACGGUGGCAUUAGCAGGUGACACUAAACAGCACCCGUGGCUUGGUCUCCAUUUUGGAGCGUAGGCACCUUCCCAGCUGAUCCUGGGCCCCUCACUGCAAAGUCGAGCAGAGUCCAGCCCCCUGUUUAGGACGUGUUACCUAGUGCCAGACUCAUACAAAGUAAAGCUACCACGGAUUUGUUUCUUGUGGGGUGUCCCCACAUUUCAGUAGACCUAGUUUCCUUUUAUUUUAUUAUUAUUUUUUUUUUUACUUUUUUGAGAGAGAGCACAAGUUGGGGAGGGGCAGAGAGAGAAGGAGACACAGAGUCCGAAGCAGCUCCAGGCUCCCAGCCGUCAGCACAGAGCCCGACGCAGGCCUCAAACCCACAAACCGUGUGAGAUCAUGACCUGAGCCGAAGUCGGACGCUCGACCAACUGAGCCACCCAGGCACCCUGACCUAGUUUCCUUUAGUCACACCGUGUGAACAUUCUGAGGACAACUCUGGGCAAGGGAGAAGUUAAGAGCUGGUCUAAAGGCAGUUCAUUAGCCACCUACUCCAUGCUGGGCGGAAAAGGUUAUGGUUUCGUUCUUGUUUGUACCCUAAUCAGAGAGAGAGCAUUGAGACCUUUCUCACCGGUGACCUGGGGACAGCCAGUGCUCCACAGCCACCUGGUCCAGCCUGCCCCACCCUGCUUCCAGGGCGACUCGAAAUCCACUAUUGGCUCUUAAAGUCAAUUCCUUGUUGUCACAUCAGGGUUGCUGACCUUUAGUUUUUGCAGGACAAGAACUGCUUCUCUCUGAAAGCUCCUUGAGUCGCGUGGUUUAAGAAAGAAGAACAGGCCGUGGAAACACGAACUGGAGUCCAGGAAGGCAUCUGUGACCCCACCAGGACUUGGAAACUUGUAGCCUUGCAGAAGAAAAAACUUUACCUGUGUACCCAUCUCCCAGCCCCUCCUGCUGACGUCUUACCUGAGCUUAGUUCGAUUUACUUGAGCCUGCGUCCCCUGGCGAGGGGCGAGUGACGGCCACCACUCCCCGGGUGGUGCAGGCCUUCACCCGGGAGCCAGCCCGACCCAUGCUGCCCACGGUCCGGAGGAGACAAGCAUGUCAGCCUCAGCAAAACCCUCGGCGCCGGCAGAGCUGGCCCCUGGCCCCGAGGACCAGCCCAAGGGGAAGCCGCUCCUCGGCUGGGGCUCUCUCUUCGGCCCCCGCAGCGAGAAGAUUGUUUUCAGCAGGAGCGAGGGCGCCCCCGAGGAGAACGUGCUCACCAUCACCAUCACGGAGACCACGGUCAUCGAGUCGGACCUGGGCGUGUGGAGCUCCCGGGCUCUGCUCUACCUGACGCUGUGGUUCUUCUUCAGCUUCUGCACCCUCUUUCUCAACAAGUACAUCCUGUCCCUGCUGGAAGGGGAGCCCAGCAUGCUAGGUGCUGUGCAAAUGUUGUCAACUACGUUUAUUGGAUGCAUUAAAAUAUUUGUUCCUUGCUGUUUAUAUCAACACAAAACCCGGCUUUCUUAUCCCCCCAAUUUCAUCAUGAUCAUGCUGUUUGUGGGUCUAAUGAGGUUUGCGACGGUGGUUUUGGGUCUGGUCAGCCUGAAAAACGUGGCGGUUUCGUUUGCUGAAACGGUGAAGAGCUCUGCUCCCAUUUUCACCGUGAUUAUGUCCCGGAUGAUCCUCGGGGAGCACACGGGGCUGCUGGUCAACCUCUCGCUCAUCCCCGUCAUGGGAGGCCUGGCACUGUGCACGGCAACGGAGAUAAGCUUCAACGUCUUGGGGUUUUCGGCCGCGCUGUCCACCAACAUCAUGGACUGUUUGCAAAAUGUUUUUUCAAAAAAGCUCCUCAGCGGGGACAAAUACAGGUUCUCGGCCGCGGAGCUCCAGUUCUACACCAGCGCGGCGGCCGUGGCCAUGCUGGUCCCCGCCUGGAUCUUCUUCAUGGACUUGCCGGUGAUUGGGAGAAGUGGGAAGAGCUUCAGUUACAGUCAGGACGUCGUGUUGCUGCUGCUGAUGGACGGCGUCCUGUUCCACCUGCAGAGUGUCACGGCCUAUGCCCUCAUGGGCAAAAUCUCCCCCGUCACUUUCAGUGUCGCCAGCACCGUGAAGCACGCCUUAUCCAUCUGGCUCAGUAUUAUAGUGUUUGGCAACAGAGUCACCAGCCUGUCAGCCAUCGGCACCGUCCUAGUGACGGCCGGCGUCCUGCUCUACAACAAAGCCAAGCAGCGCCAGCGGGAGGCCAUGCAGGGCCUGGCUGUGGCCGCCAGCCCAACGCCAGAGGACGAAGCGGAGCCACUGACCCCCAAGGACCCCAGACCGCACCACUGAGCUCUGGAAGCUGCGGCAGGUGGCCAGGGCCCCCAGGCCGCUGCCCACUGCUGCUGUUCCCCUCACCGACGCAGACACCCGGCCUCCUUGGGUCAGUGGGGUGCAGGAGGCCACGGGACGGGCCCCUCCGCUGCUCCCGUCUCAGGUUUUCAGUGAAAACCAAUGGGAGCUUGACCGGGGAUCCCAGAUGUCCGCUUCCUGGGGUGGAGACCGGAGCCAGCUGCCGCUGAGCCACGGCCAGAUAAUGUGAAAUCUGCCUCCUGCUGACCCUGUGCUGAGCACUCGCGAGGGGGUGGGGCUUCCAGAUGGCCUCUGCACCCCCGUCACCAGCUCGCAGGUCUGGUUGCAGUUAGGCCACGCCCUCGUUCUCUGUGUGUGACAGCUACUGGGGACCCCUGUGAAGUGACGGCUGGAUCCGGGUGCCAACGCGCACUGCUCCCCGCUGCUCGGUGCCAGCACGGAGAGCUCAGCUCCCCCUGCUCGCCGUCGAAGGCCCGUGAAGGCACACUCUGCUCCUGGGCCAUCGGGGGAGACUGUGAUGCUGAGAGAGGGCCAAGGCGCCCACGGCCUGGGCCGGAGGCCACAGCAGCUGAGUGCACAGGGCUAGUAGGGUGGAAAGGGAUCAGACGGGCACAGAAAUGAGGGUCCCUGCUCCUGUGGGCAGGAUGUUGGGCCCUUGCCUCCCUGCCCCAGAGCUGCCAGCAUCCAGCACCACUUAGGGAAAGGUGCCCCGCCCCUUUCAGGGUCUCCACCGCACUAGGCCCUCCGCCUCCCGAGAGUCCCAACCGUCACGUGGCUGGCGCUUCAGUCAGGGACCCCCGAUGUGGUGAUUGCUGGUCACAGAGGUAGAGGACAGACAUCUGUAGUGUUUAACUCAGGAUGGGGACAUACUGACCUUCCCUUUUGUUUUCUGGGCCUUUGUGUGUAACAGGGGCUGUUCUGAAGGGUUCCCUGCAGGUGCCCCUGCCAUCACUCACCUGGUCGGGAGCCACGCCAUAUUUUGUCUCAAGCACAAGGGUGUUAAGGUUUUCUCUCAUGAAUGAAUGAGCAGGUGGAGUGCUGGGAAGAUCUUUUGGAGUGUUCAUGGCUUUUGUCACACUGCAUUUAAAAUGACUGUGAAGGUGUUAAAGAAGAAAACCCAGGCACGGGUGGCUUCUGGAAAGCACCCUGUAUGGCAAGUAACCCGUACUGAACCCACAGCCUGGCUCGGCCUGGCUCUCUCCUCCCAGAGCGAUGGACCCACCACGCUGGGUAUCUGAGCCCUGUGUCGGGUUGAGGCUCCUGACCUCUUCACCCUAUUCCUCCUCCCACAUCCUGGUGGGGUUUCUGAUCGGGGCACGUCCGCUGCCAGCCAGGCUUUAAUACCUCUCCGUGGCACCAGGUUCAAGCUUGGGGGUGUGUCAUGUGCAGCCCAACGCAGAGGAUGAGGUUGGCCACACGGCUGUCUGGGGCCUGCCUGCUGCAGCUGAGUGAACCAGCCGACAGGAGCGCUUCAGGCACUGGUGGUUCCCUCAUCUGAUUCCCCCUCCCUGCCGUUCAGGUCCUUGAUUCCCAUUAUCUUUUCACUGGUUUUCCAGUUGACUGGUCAACUGGAAAAUAUAUUAAAAAAGGCCCUCCUGGAGAUCAAAUCUCUUGGAAACAAAGAGCAAUAAUAAGCCUCAUUAAGUUCUGCCUACUUGAAAAAGUUUGCCAUGAUGAUGGGUUAAACUGAGGCCUUUAAAACUGUAACCUUUUUAUGAAGCUGACUUCCUAUGUCCAGAGCACAGGCAGGGGUGUGCUCGCCCGCACGCCACGCUCACCUCCACUGUGAAGACGUUUCUCCUGAGACUUUCCCCAGGUUUCUAUCCCUUCCUCUCUCCUUCCUCCACAAAAAACACCGAAGACUACUUGCUGGAGGCGGCUUGGGCAGCGGGAUGUGCUGGGUCUGUGAGGCCCAGUGGGAAAGGACAGCUUCCAGAGGGCCCUGCCUCUGCCCUUAACAAUGUGGCUGCUGUGGCCGGCUGUGGCCAGCUGCUGACAAGAUGUGAGCAGAGAAGGAGACACGUCUACGGUCAUCCUGUUGCAAGAUUGUCACGUUGGCCUUCUCACAGACGUCCAGGUAGGCGGCACCUGCUUCUGAGCCUCGUUAGGGACCCGGGUCCGAGUCUCUUCUGGAACCAGCGCCCUGCACACCACAUGUGCCCCGCCUCCUGUCACAAGUGGUUUUCUGCCGAUUUUGAUUUUCCAAAUUCUUGGACCAGAAACAAAAUGAAGAUUUCUCCAAAUUACUAGUAAAUGAGGUAAUUUCCAACAAAGCUGCUUUUGAAACAUUUCCUAAGAACCCAAGCUGUGGCCAGCACUGCCCGUGCCUGGGGCUUACAUUCCUUCUUUGUAUGGUCUCCACCCUGAAGCCGUCCGUGUCCUGCAUGUCCGGGACAACCCUGCCAGGAGACAAAACAUGGCCUGUCGUGGCCGUUUGUUUAAUGAAUGUACAGACAUACGUUUUUUAUUAACUUUGUGUAGUAGUGUUUAUAGUAUGUUUAUAAUACAUUGCAAACAUGCUUGUGUCAUUGUCAUCACUUACACGGGUCAUUUCCUAUGUCCAUGGUCAUUGUCUGUGCCUUUGUAAAGAAACACUUCAAACAGGUGUCAGGUCGGGUCGGGUCGAUACCUUACCUACGUCGAUACUUCUAAAUAUACAUGUAUCUGACUUGCAAGGAAACUUCCAGUAUGAGUGGCAUAAAAACCUUGGGUUUGUUUUUUGUUGUUGUUGUUGUUGUUGUUUUCCGACAGUCACAGUUGCAUGUCAUCGUUAAAAUGAUCUGCCCUGGAAAGCUGAGAAUAUUCUUGCACAAUCCAAAAAUGUGUCUUUAAUUUGAGAAAAAUAGGCAUGGUGAAUCCAAAGCGGUAAAAUGCUGCACAAAGAGUAUCGAACGAAGUUGUGCUUGUAGCCCAUGCUGGAGAUUCUUUUCCCAAAACCAGUGAGUUUUGCUUGUAAACGGUCACUUGGGCAGACCAGUAGGUUUGGCAGACGCAUAUCAUGGCUUUUUACAUCUGUCUGAGUGUCGUGUUUUCCUAAGGCCUGGAGCAUUUUCAGUUUCCCUGGGUUGGAAAAAUUAAUCAAGGACGCUACUGCAGAUAGAAUUCUUUUGCCUUUGACUGUCAUACUAAGGGCUUUAUUCUUUCACAAAAUCCGUACAUGCUCUGGCUGAGGCGUCUUCAUUUCCUUAGUUGACAACUAUAAAUGUCCCAGCCCCCUUGGUCAAUCUGCCUGUUUCCCUGUGUCCUGGCUGGGGAGCCAAGAGCGGAGGUGAGGUUGUGAUGACCACCCUCCGGCUCAGGUGGGAAACCUUCGAUUUUGCUGUCCUUGAAGAGUUUCUUCCAGUUUUCCUGAGGGUUCUGAUUCUGAGUUUGAUGGCCACUGGAUCCGUGCCCAGACUGCCAAACAGAGCUGGAAACUGUCCUAACUGGUAGAAUUUUUCGUUGUCUUUUUUGUUUCUGUUUCAUUUGAGUAAAACCUGCAUUCACCUGAUUGGCCAUUUCUAGUCUUUGCAGAUGUAUGAGUGGAGUCUGAACCUGCCCAGGGGGUGUUGUGGGACCCAUGAGGAGGGCCACAGUCACGGUGACUUUCCCACACUGAAAAACUUGAAAAUCCUAUCAGUAAUUGUCUGCAUCAGAACCAAGUGCGAUCUGCUUCAUACCAAACGAAACUGUGGACAACUGAAAGCGCAUUGUACGAGAUGUGUAUCGUGUUCUUGUAUUUCACCUGAUUCAGUAUUCGAGUGACGAAAUCAGUACUUUCUAGAAAGUGGUUCUAUUAAAUAAUUUAGUGAGUCACUGUUAAGUCUACUGUGGUAAUAAACUGAUGCCUCUUGGCUCUUUUUGUCUAAAUUAAGCCACUUGGUAGCGACUACCUAGGACUCUGGUUCUCUCCAAAUACAAUGAAUGUUAACAGUGCC